AUGUCAAGCGAGAAUUACGCACAAUUGAAUACUGAUAAAAAGAUGAGACAAUCAAGCAAUCGCUCUACUUUGCAUCCUAUCGAAAGUAAUAUUAAAAAGAAAUACGUACAAUUGUUCCUUGAUGCUGGACAGAAUAACGUUGGUCCAAUUACUUGUAAGGUGUGUCAUAUGUCCUACAACAAAGGAACGGAAGAUGAUCUCGUUCAUGCAAAAUUUCAUAAAGCUAGUGUUGGAGGCAUUGAUUAUCCGGGAUACAAGAGUGAAGUUAUGCUGCAAGUUUAUCCUGAAGAUAAUGGUAGUCGCGUUGUCAUGUUUAGCAAUAAUAAGUACAGCGGAUUCGAGAAGCGUAAGCUGUUUGAAAUAUUAGAAAUUGUUACUAGAGAAUUAGGGUCAGUUGAAAUACGCGAAGAUAAGCUACUUUCGUCCAAGAUAUUUCUCUAUGUCACCAGCAGGAAAAAAGUCGUUGGAUGCGUUAUAGCCGAACACAUCAAACAAGCAUACAGAGCCACGCGUAAUACGGCGAGUAGUCACGCUGAGGAACAGCCUGGAGAGUUUGACGAUGCGUCUGUUGUCUUCUACAGGACGGAACCAAUACGAGCAGUCUGUGGUAUCAGCCGCAUAUGGGUCUCCCGACAGUAUCGUCGUAAAGGAAUAGCAACAAAGCUAUUGGAUCUUGUCAGAAAAAAUUAUAUUUAUGGAUGUUGUCUUGGUCGAUUGGCAAUUGCAUUCUCGCAACCGACAGGUGAUGGGAAAGCGCUAGCCACUAAUUAUACUGGCACUAGUGAAUUCCUUGUAUAUACGGAAGAAGUAUGA